UUUGCUUUGCGCUUUCCAAUGCCAUGGUUUGUAUCUUCUUUAUGCUUCUCUCGAGUUGUCGCUUUUCUUCGUUGUGCCUUUUCCUGUCGUUGAAACCCCCUCUCCCCUCUUUUCUGGCGCAGGAAGGGAUUCAUGAUUUUACCUAGACAACAUCUCCAGCUGCGCCGCGAAACAUUCGCAGAUACCUGAACGCCUGGCACGUUAGACAUGGAUAUGCGAGCUCCUUGAAAUAUAGCAUCUAAUGGAGAAGGAUAUAGAGGCUGGUCUUCAGGAGAAGGAAAAAGUCAAUGGCGGAGUGUGGAUAUCUCAGAGCGCAGAAACGACGACUCCGAAGGAAAUCGGACAUCACAACAACCCGGACCCUCUUUCACCUUCGCAAAGCAACCGCAUCUCUCUAUCAGAAGUUGACCCGGUAGAUGUGCAGGUCCGAAAUCUUUCGGUCAGCGUCGACGUCUCCCCUCCUGUUCUUUCGUUCGACAGUCUCCUUCAGCGGAAACGAAAUCGAAAUGGCGACCUCAAAUCUGAACCAAAACAGAUCCUCCACUCGGUUUCAGCAUCGAUGCCGGCUGGCACCCUCACGGCGAUUAUUGGUGGCAGUGGGUCUGGCAAAACAACCAUGUUGAAUACAAUGGCGGAACGUGUGACGAGUGGGCGGAUGUCUUUUGGAGGGCACACGAUGUUCAAUGGCAUGGAAGGCGUGAAUAACAUACGAAGCACGUAUGUGAUGCAACAAGAUAUUUUAUUGCCAACACUCACUGUGCGGGAGACAUUACGGUACUCUGCGGAUCUACGACUCCCACCGCCUACCACGAAAGAGGAGAGGUGGAGAGUUGUGGAGGAAGUCAUACUGGAACUAGGGUUGAAAGAAUGUGCGGACACAAGAAUUGGAAAUCAUCAGCAUAGGGGUUGCUCUGGUGGCGAAAAGAGAAGGACGAGUAUCGGUGUCCAACUCUUGAGCAACCCAAGCGUCUUGUUCCUGGACGAGCCAACUACUGGAUUGGAUGCUACCAGCGCGUUCCAGCUGAUCCGGACAUUGAAAGGCCUGGCACGGCAGGGGAGGACUAUCGUCACAACCAUUCAUCAACCUAGAUCAGAAAUUUGGGGCAUGUUUGAUAGGCUCGUGAUCCUCACCCGAGGAAGUCCUGUUUACUCGGGCAAGGCAAGUGAUUGUAUCCCGUGGUUCAGCAGAAUUGGGAUGGAAUUACCGCCAUUCGUAAAUCCAGCCGAAUUCUUGAUUGAUAUUGCAGCGAUUGAUAAUCGGUCACCUGAACUUGAAAUGGCCUCCUCAGAAAGGGUUGAGCGUCUGAAGUCUGCUUGGAUGGAGGAGAGCUACAAGUUAUAUAAUGAAAAGGAUCUACCAGCCCACCAGCAGACCACAAUAGUGCAACGAGUCUCUGCAUCUCAUCUCCACUCACCGUUUAUCCGCCAGACGAUGGUUCUGACCUCUCGCACAUUUGUAACGACUUAUCGGGAUCCUCUGGGCAUGGCCGGCUCCCUUGUCGAGGCGAUAGGAAUGGGGGUAAUGUCUGGGUGGGUUUUCUUUAACCUAGGCAUGGACCAGUCUGGCAUUCGCAGUCGUGAAGGUGCCCUGUACAAUGCAGCCGCGUUGCAGGGCUACCUUAUACUCAUGUUCGAAACCUAUCGUCUCUCGACUGACAUUGAACUUUUUGAUCGCGAACACAAUGAAAACGUUGUGGAUGUUCUUCCAUUCCUGCUAAGUAGGAGAAUUGCCAGGUUAUUCACGGAAGAUUUGCCAGUUCCUCUUAUCUUCUCGUUGAUCUUUUACUGGAUGGCAGGCUUUAGAGCCGACGCUUCAACUUUCUUCACUUUCUUUUCCGUUGUGCUAUUAUGUCAGUAUAUCGCAGUUACGUAUGCAACGACAUGCAUAGCUGCUGCCAGAAGCUUUGCUUCUGCAUCCCUCAUUGCUAACCUGGGUUAUACGGUUCAGUCCAUGGCAUGCGGAUUUUUUAUUCAAACAAGCACAAUUCCUGUGUAUAUGAGGUGGUUGAAGUGGACAGCAUAUGUUUAUUAUGCAUUUGGAGCUCUGUGUGCUAAUGAGUUCGUGGGGCAAUUCUACGAUUGUCCACUGGAAGGUGGGGAGUCAAAUCCUGCAUGUGCGCAAUACACGGGCUCUUAUAUCAUGGCAUCAUUGGGAUUCCCUCAUGACUGGGUAGUUAGACCGAUCAUAAUUCUGGUCUCGUUCGUCGUCAUGUUCUACAGUCUGGCUGGUAUUGGCUUGAAGUACAAGAAAGUUGAGAUGGAUAUAGCCCGAGCUAGGGCCCAAGAUACUGAUUUAUCUGCGGGCAAGGAAAAGAUGGCAGCCGGACCUGCUGGAGAGGUUAGAACUGUCGAUAUUGGACUGAACAAAUUCGCACUUGAUUUGGACAAGAGAACGUUCUAUGGACAAAAGCUACCUACGAAGACGAUCUUGCACCCCGUUACGGCGACAUUCCAGGCCGGGGUGUUGAAUGUUAUCAUGGGACCAUCCGGCAGUGGGAAGACUUCUCUUCUCAACGCAAUGGCUCUCCGUCUUCGUAAUAGCCCAGGGACUCGUUACAAAUCAUUUGGCGACAUGACUUUCAAUGGUUCGGUGCCCUCCAAUUCGGUUAUACGGUCGGUAUGCUCAUAUGUCUGCCAAGACGACGAUGCAUUGUUGCCAUCUCUCACCGUCCGUGAAACGCUACAGUUUGCAGCCAAACUUCGCCUUCCACCAUUCAUGACAAGCGCACAAAAGAAACAACGAGCAGAAGAAGUCCUUCUGAAGCUCGGCCUCAAGGAUUGCGCUGACAAUCUGAUCGGGUCUGACCUAAUAAAGGGCAUUUCAGGGGGAGAGAAGAGGCGGGUUUCGAUUGCGGUACAAAUCCUGACGGAUCCACGUGUUCUCCUCCUUGAUGAGCCCACGUCUGGUCUCGAUGCUUUCACAGCAUCGUCUAUUAUGGAAGUUCUCCAAGGUCUCGCUCAUGAAGGCCGCACCCUCAUUCUCACUAUCCACCAAUCACGUUCCGACCUCUUCCAACAAUUCGGAACCGUACUUCUUCUUGCCCGAGGAGGCUCACCUGUGUACUCUGGCAAGGCUGCGGGCAUGCUGCCCCAUUUCCAUACCCUUGGUUUUCCCUGCCCAACCACCACGAAUCCGGCAGACUUUGCAUUGGAUCUGAUAACCGUGGAUCUACAGCAGUCCUCCCGUGAAGAGGAAACCCGAUCAAAGGUCAAGAAGCUCAUCACCUCCUGGUCUGAUGGUGAUUUUAUUGCUGCCAUCCAUCCAACCACAAUCUCCACACCUGCAGAACUCGGAGCCCUGGUCCGCAAGUCAUCGUCAUUCUUCUCCGCAUAUCCCAUCUUGGUCCACCGCGCUUCUAUUAAUUUUCGGAGACAGCCCCCGCUUCUAAUGGCUCGGAUUAUGCAGGUUAUUGGACUUUCUAUCAUCUUGACACUCUUCUUUGCCCCACUAAAGAACAAUUAUUAUUCCGUCCAAACUCGCAUGGGUUAUAUACAGGAAUUCUGUGCCUUUUACUUCGUAGGCAUGUUGCAGAACGUGGCUGUCUACCCGAAUGAGAAGGAUGUCUUCUAUCGAGAGAAUGAUGACGGGACCUAUGGCGUGGAGGCUUUCUUCGCACAGUAUCUAACCCUCGAAGUUCCCUUCGAGAUCCUAACUUCAUUGAUAUUUGCCGUGCUUAACGAUAUCGGUGUUGGACUACCGCGAACGGCACAAAUGUUUUUUGUAUGCUUCUUCAACUGUUUCUGUAUAGUCUCCUGUGGUGAGAGUCUUGGCAUCAUGUUUAAUACCCUGUUCGCACACACCGGUUUCGCCGUAAACCUCACCUCCGUCUUCCUCUCCGUCGCCCAAUUCAUGUCCGGCAUCCUCUCCAUCGACAUGCCCGGCUUCCUCCAAGGCGUCAACUACCUCUCCCCUAUCCGCUAUGCCGUCCGCAACCUCGUACCCUACUCCCUGCGCGGCAUCACCUUCACCUGCAACUCCAGCCAGCGGCUCCCGAACGGCGAAUGCCCCAUCACGACCGGACAACAGGUCCUGGAACUCUACGACCUGGAUACGAACCCGGGCAUCAACAUCAUGGCGUUGGGUAUCUGCACACUUGUUUAUCGCUUGCUGGCCUAUCUCUUGCUGAAGGCUAUGAGGACACAUUGGCCGGAUUUGCCGUGGAAGGGGAGGAAUAGGAGGGCUCCUGCGCUUGAGAAUGAUGAGAUCAGGGAUUCAUGAAUUCAUAAUCGUCUAGGGAUGAUGGAAUAUCGGCAUUGUUAUCUGUAUACCUCAUGACUGCUUUGGUUAUGAUUUAGCGACGCGUUUGAGGCGAAAUUUGAGUAUUCCAACAUAGGCAUUUAUCAAUAAACAUUUCGAAAG